CGCCAUUUUAAAUUUAAAAAAAAUUCAUUGAAGUGUUGCUUUGUUGUAAGAAAAUUGAUUUUUUUUCUAUUGAUAUGGCUUCGAAUAAUUGACAAGCAUAAAAAACUAGUUAAAUCCGUGUAGAACAAUUGACAGCAAUAACCGUGCAAUAGAAACGUAAAGAAAGUGAAAAAAUAAAUGUACAAAAUCUGUCGGAUGACGUGUUAUCAUUAGGACUGGAUUACAUACACACACAAAAAUAAAUUGAUAAAGUGAAAAUGGAUUUCUCCCAAGGGAUAAAUAUUUACUCUGACAACGUUUAGCAACAAUGGAAGAACAUGGCGGACAAACCACCUUUCCAACCGCCUGAUGCCAUCGAUGAUACAACGAAUGUCGAUGGUACAAGUUUGCAGUCGCAACUUAAUGCGCGACCACCAACCUGUUCAUGUACAAAAAUCAGUAACAUGCAAAUGUUUUAUGAAAUGAAGCAAGCAUUUGCUACCGUGCCCGAUCCCAUCGUUUGGAAAUAUGUGACAGACAAUUGUCACGAUCGACCGCAAUGCGUAUUAGGACUGAAGAAAGAAGCGGAAAGCCAUCCAGGAUCGGCACAAGCCUAUCCGGAUGCAUUACGGAACUUCAAUAAGAAACCUCAACGACCGUUACAAGUGUUACCGAACAAUUUAAGUAGCUCGAAUGAGUCCGUUGAACAACCCAAAUCCGAAGUGUCCUUAUUAAGUGAUAGUCGCAGUGAUAUGCAAACGCAUGGAAGCGACAUUGAUAGUUUAUCCAAAGUGAAUGUGCCAGACCGACCAAAUACAUUAAAUAUUUCUAAAUUAUCCGAAUCAUAUCAACAGUUACAUCUUCGGCCCACUCGAAGUGCACCGCCUCCGCCUACCACAUCAAAUCCAUUUUUUCCACAAACACCGUUGGUGCCGGAAGGCGAAUCGGUAAACGUUUCGUUAAAUGUAACCGUAUCACCCAGUCGACCACCAGUGCGUCCACAGCGUGCGGUUCGGCAUACAACUGCAAUAUCCGUUCAACCGGAAGCACCAUUCAAUCGAGACGUUCAACAGAGUCCGCGCAGUUUUACAUCGGUAAAUUUUACUCUUCGCCAGCCAACGUCAACACCUCAAUCACCAAUAGACAUAUCGGCUAGUCCGUCGCCUAGUUUAACAUAUUCAAGUAGUUCGUAUGACGCUCGCAAGGGUUAUACGAACCGAUUGGAAAUUACGGUUGGCAGCGGUGGUAGUAGUAUAAGUGCGUCUAGAAUACGUCCAACAUCAUACAAUACACAUGGAGACGGCUAUGAUUCGUCGUACAGCUCCAAUUCAUCAAACGUAGACGAAGGCGAUCUGCUACAUCGUCAGUUAUUGUCCAAGCAGCGUCUUUCGAUUGAAUUAGAAAAUGACAAGAAAAGCCUUCAACGCCUUCAGCGAGAACUGCAUGUAUUCCAAGCACAAUUGCCACCAGGCAGUUCACAGCUUCUUGCCGAAGAGAUUGAAAGACUUCGCCUCAACUGCAAACAGAUGAGCCAAGAAGUUGAGGAAGCUGGCCCAGGCUAUGCUCUUGGCGAAACAGAUGCAGCAUUUUAUCGAAACAUUUACACGGGUCAACGGUUACCGAGACCUCCACGUCCUCCGCCGCCAUCGUCAACUGAAAACAAUCGCUUGUCGAUUGAAGACGGUCUACCAUGGACCUGUAAUAUGUGCACAUUCCAGAACCAUCCCCUACUUGAUAAAUGCGAACAGUGUGAAAUGCCGCUACUCACAACCACAUCUUCGGGUAAUGUACAGACAAAUAGCCGGCCCGUUCCCAUGCAUCGCUUCCAAAACAUGCCCUAUCAACAACAAACUGCGCCGCCAGUGUUACAUAACCCAUUCCAAUACAAUCAACCGAUUGGUUUGCCGCCUCGGUUAACACAAACACAACAAAACUAACCGCUGAACCGAUUUUUGUGAAUUAAUUUUUGUAAUUUUGACGAUUUUUUUUGUUUUUUGUUUUUAAACCUAAAACUGUCAUGUUUCCCCCGUUGUUGAUUAAUAUAACAUUCUGCUCGAUGUUAAAAACAUUCUUACAACUAAAAAGUAUUGUGUGUACGUGAACGAUAAUAAAUAUUAUGAAUGUGGCUCAGAUUUUAAGCGAUUGUUUUUAUAGAAAUUUAUGCUAUUUUUAGGUGUAACGAAUUACUUUUAUCAUUCGGACGCUCUGAAAUCCAGAAGUCAAAUUAAAAAUGUUUUGAAACCGAA